AUGCAGUGCAAUGCUGAUGGUGGACACCUGGUUUCAAUUCACAGCGCUGAAGAAAACGAUUUUGUUCAGUCAUUAACUUCAACAAUCGAAGUGGCGAAGAACUGGCAAGACUUCGUUUGGAUUGGUCUAAGACAAGAAAACUGGCCUGUAAGCACUGUGUGGACAUGGACCGAUGGAACUCCUUUCGAUUAUUCCAACUGGGCUCCCAGACAACCAGACGACAAAGACAAGCGCGAACACUGCACGCAGAUGUACAACAUUCCAUUACCAGGAGUAGGGUACGUGGUCCCCUAUCAGUGGAAUGAUAUCUGGUGUGAGACCGAAAUGAAACAUUUCGUCUGCAAGAAGAACAUCGCCCCAGAUUUGGCAAUGACUUUCACAAACACCUUCGAGUAUAUUGCAGUUUGA